GGAGAGAGAGAGUUGUGUGUUGAGCCGCGAGAAUCCAGAGAAACGUCAGUUGGGUGGCUUAUUUUUUAGUGAACUAUUCGUGACAGUGAACUGGUUUAGGAUUCAAUAGCGAGUGGCAAAAGCAGGUUUCAGAAGACAAGAGCGGACAGUGCUGGAUCCGCUGCCGACCGGAGAGACAACGUUUGGCAGAUAUCAGGUGUCAAAGGAGAGGGUCAAAGGGCAAAGGGCCAGUAAUUUGCAGCAAUGCCGGCACCAACGUCAGCAGCUGCGGCGCCGGCCGAACCCGGCCCGCCCCGGACGGAAUUGCAGGAGUUACAAAUGAAAUCCCAAUCAACAGCAGAUGAGUCGCUGGAGAGCACGAGGCGUAUGCUGGCGCUGUGCGAGGAGAGCGAGGAUACCGGAGCGAACAUACUGACGAUGCUAGACCACCAAGGCGAACAAUUGGACAGGAUCGAGGAGGGAAUGGACCAGAUCAAUGCUGACAUGCGUGAAGCUGAAAAAAACUUGACGGGGAUGGAAAAAUGCUGUGGUCUUUGUGUUCUUCCCUGCAACAAGGGUGCCAGUUUCAAAGAGGAUGAAGGCACGUGGAAAGGAAAUGACGACGGAAAGGUGGUCAAUAAUCAACCGACACGAGUGAUGGAUGAACGUAAUGGUCUUGGACCCCAGGGCGGCUAUAUCGCAAAAAUCACAGGGGAUGCUCGAGAAGGCGAAAUGGAGGAAAAUAUGGGCCAGGUUAACACAAUGAUCGGCAAUCUGAGGAAUAUGGCGAUCGAUAUGGGAAGCGAGUUAGAGAACCAAAAUCGCCAGAUCGACAGGAUCAAUCGCAAGGGCGAAUCGAACGAGACGAGGAUACAAGUGGCAAACGAGCGAGCCCAUGAGCUGCUCAAAUAAGGAUUCUUCCAAAAAAAGAUAAUAAUUCGACAGAGUCUUUUAGGCUGCUACUAAUUACUUACAUCCAAAUUUUUUCCAUUACCGUCCCUUAUAGUUACUUACCCUCUCAGUGUCUACCUGUCCACUUACUUACUUACUUAAUUACUUGCUAUUUGCAUAUUUUAUUACUAGUUAUCAAAAAAAUCAUUUUUGCUAGCAUAUUGUCUCGAUUUUUCUAAAAAAAAAUCCAGUUUAUCCAAUUCCAAUCUUCCAGUUCCAUACCAGGGUGUCUAUCUGACAGGGAAAUCGGAAAAAUCGUGAAACGACCGGGAGCUUUUUUAGCCUUGAUUUACGAUUUUUUUUUAAAUAUGCUUCUACUAAAUUUUAUAUAAACGGAGUUACCAUAUUCCUGAAUUCUAAUAGGAAAUUUUGUAAAUAAAUAUAAUUCUGACUCGGAACAGGAAAUUGCUGUAAAGAAUUAUUUUUUGACUCAGAACAUUUCUGAAAUGUAAUGCAAAUUUUGAAAAAUAAUUUAAAUUCUAAAUUUGAAGGGAGAAGCGAAAGUUGAAAAAUUCUUGUUCAAAGUCAAAAUUAUAAUUCUUGUCCAAAUUCGCUAUUUUAAAUCAGAAAUAUUUCAAGUCCUGGUGGACACCCUGGCUACAAAUUCGAGAA